AUUAUACCACCAUGGACGAUUUGAAUCUUAAUCACUAUUUUAUUCCCACCUCUACCAUCAUAGUCGGGGAAACUUCAAUAAUGCUCCGACUUCCACUAUCAACCAAAAUAAGUCCACCUCUCGGACUUGCCAUCUCCGCCCCAUCUUUCUCUCUCCCCAUCUUUCUCUCUCUAGCAACACUGCACACUUCUUAACAACGCCCUUAUCUCCGACAAUCCCUUUAUCCACAGUCUGAAAUGGCGACGACGAUCUCUUCAACCUUCAACCUUGUUUCGAGCUAUUCCGAUCGUCGACACGCCUUUCAAUUCCUACUACUCUCUCACCCUCGACUCAUCAGCCAGAAGAUCUUCUGCAGAAAACUUCGCUCGGGUAGGAUUUGUUCGAGUCAAAGACUUGGAGUGUAUUGCGAAUCCAAGUCAGAAGAAGUGCAGAUCAGAAGAUGUUCGCCUUUUCUAGAAAGUGUAUUACUGUCAGGAGAUGGUGUCUUAGCCUCUGGAGAAUGGAAAACAGUUCCUGACAUUUGGAGGUCUUCAGCAGAAAGAUUUGGAGAUCGGGUCGCUCUGGUAGAUCCAUAUCAUGACCCUCCUACGAACAUGACUUAUAAGCAGCUCGAGCAGGAAAUUUUGGACUUUUCAGAAGGCCUAAGAGUUAUUGGAUUAAAACCAGAUGAAAAGAUUGCACUUUUUGCUGAUAAUUCAUGCCGGUGGCUCGUUGCAGAUCAGGGUAUAAUGGCCACGGGGGCAAUAAAUGUGGUAAGGGGAUCAAGGUCAUCUGUUGAAGAGCUGUUGCAAAUAUACAAUCAUUCUGAAAGUGUUGCACUUGCUGUGGACAAUCCUGAACUGUUCAACCGGAUUGCAGAAACCUUCUGUUCCCGAGCAGCUGUAAGAUUUGUUAUCCUACUUUGGGGCGAGAAAUCAUGCUUGGGUAGCAAAGAAAUGGAGGGAUUCCCUGUUUAUAAUUUCAAGGAGAUCAUAGAUUUGGGAUGCAAAAGUCGGAUGGUUUUGCUUGAUUCUCAUGGUGCUAGGAAAAACUAUAUUUAUGAAGCCAUCAGCUGUGAUGAUAUUGCUACACUUGUAUACACAAGUGGAACAACAGGCAAUCCAAAAGGCGUAAUGCUCACACAUAAAAAUCUGUUGCACCAGAUAAAUAAUUUAUGGGACAUUGUACCUGCUGAACCUGCGGAUAGAUUUCUAAGCAUGCUCCCACCCUGGCAUGCAUAUGAACGAGCUUGUGAAUAUUUCAUAUUUACACAUGGAAUUGAGCAAGUAUACACAACAGUGAAAAAUUUGAAGGAAGAUUUGAGACGCUAUCAGCCCCAUUACCUGAUAUCUGUUCCUUUAGUAUAUGAAACGCUCCACAGUGCGAUUCAAAAGCAGAUUUCUACAAGCUCUGCCCUUCGUAAGAUUGUUGCACUAUUAUUUAUAAAGACCAGUUUGGCAUACAUGGAAUUCAAAAGAAUUUAUGAGGGGAAAUUUCUUACAAGAAGUCAGAAGCAACAUUCCUCCCUUGUCUCAAUGUUGGACUGGUUAUGGGCAAGAACUAUUGCUGCAAUACUGUGGCCGCUACAUAUUUUGGCGAAGAAGCUUGUCUAUAGUAAAAUUCACUCUUCUAUUGGAAUUUCAAAGGCUGGCGUAAGUGGGGGUGGUAGUUUGCCUUCUCAUGUUGACAGGUUUUUUGAGGCAAUUGAUAUAAAAGUCCAGAAUGGAUAUGGUUUAACAGAAUCAUCUCCUGUUGUAGCUGCUCGACAUCGAAACUUAAAUGUUCUUGGCUCAAUUGGGCAUCCACUUCGACAUACAGACAUAAAAGUCGUUGAUUCUGACACUGACGAAGUUCUUCCUCCUGGUUCAAAAGGAAUUGUAAAAGUGAGGGGGCCACAAGUGAUGAAGGGAUAUUACAAGAAUCCAUCGGCCACAAAGCAAGCCUUAGAUGAGAGUGGCUGGUUAAACACUGGUGAUAUUGGUUGGAUUGCACCUGAGCAUUCGAAAGGGCGAAGUCGUCUUUGUGGAGGUAUUAUUGUUCUCGAAGGACGUGCCAAGGAUACUAUAGUUCUUUCAACAGGUGAAAAUGUUGAACCAUCUGAGCUUGAAGAAGCUGCCUUGAGGAGUAGUUUAAUUCAACAGAUUGUUGUAAUUGGCCAGGAUCAACGUCGUCUUGGAGCCAUAAUUGUUCCAAGCAAAGAAGAGAUUUUAAUGAAGGCCAAAAGGUUGUCUAUUUUAGAUGCUGAUGCCUCUGAACUUAGUAAGGAAAAAAUGACCAGCCUAUUGUAUGAAGAGCUGAGAAAAUGGACUUCAGAUUGUUCAUUUCAAAUUGGGCCAAUCCUUGUUGUUGACGAGCCUUUUACGAUUGAUAGUGGUUUAAUGACUCCAACAAUGAAAAUCCGGAGGGACAGUGUUGUAGCUCAAUACGAAGAUCAGAUAAAAAAUAUAUACAAAUAAAUUACCCAUGAGGUAAAUUUAUUCGUCGAAGUGUUUGUACUUGUGAAAGUAAAUAGUGCAACAAAGAAUCAUUGUGUGGGAAGUUCUCAACAAUGGUUCUUUGCAUUCCUAAAAUGAGGACUCAAUAUCCGUGUUGUGAUUUUGCAUCGCAACCCGUGUCAUAAUUGAUGAUCCUUUGUUUCAUAGUGACGAUCAUGAUUGAAGAUUGAUUGAAGGUUGCAUAGUGAUCAUAGGAAGAGUUUCAUGAAUGGCAUGACUAUUUUGGAAUGCAUCAAGAGAAGGUGAAUUUGGAUCGAGGAGAUCGGAGGACUUUAAAUUCGAUAGCUUUUCGAACUAAGAAUACUUAUUUGUCCUGGAUCAUCUUAGAAAAAAAGUGUUAAUAAAUUUUAUGAAGAGCUGAUCAACUUUUCAGGAAAAUGUGUGAGGUCAAUCUGUUUUUUUAGGCUCGAUUCUACUUUGCAUGGUUGGUAGAACACUACAAGGCCUUUAGGAUUUCUCUUGCAAAUAUGGCUGCAUCUGAAGGUCUUCAAAACUUGAAGAAAACUAAGAGAGCUGCUUUAUUAUUAUUAUUAUUCGCCAUCUUAUGUAUAUUUAUAUAUACAUUAUUUUUAUUGUUUUAUUA